GAGGGCAGCACUUCAGUUUAGACAAGCACACGGGCAGCAGUGAGAUCGAGAUUCGCUCGGGGCAAGUAACAAAAGAAAAAACUUUCCAAAGUGCUGAGUAAGAAGUUAAUCGGGGUUUUUUUUCGUAAAGGGAAUGACUCUCCUUUCUCAUGAAGCUGUUGGCACCAUUACUCUUGAGGAGGCGGUGAGGCGCGGCGUCGGGAAGGAGCACACAGCAGCAGCAGCGCCAAACUCACAAUGCGCCCUGAGUGAGCAGAGGCAGGGAGACAAUACUGAUCCACGGGAACACUGAAGAGCUGUAAAUAUCUCAUUUUGGCUGUUUUGUUUCUUUUUUCCUUUUUUAAAAAACCGGCUCCAGAUUGACAAUCCUUCCAUCUACGGCUGAUUUGUUGAAUUAUUAAGAGAAAUUUGACUUUACUGCGAGGACAAGUGGUUGAUCUCCAAACUCAGCCAUGACGUCUCCAGCGAAAUUCCGAAAGGACAAGGAGAUCGUGGCCGAAUAUGAGACUCAAGUUAAAGAGGUCCGUGCUCAGCUGGUGGAGCAGCUCAAGUGUUUGGACCAGCAGUGCGAGCUGAGGGUGCAGCUGCUUCAGGACCUGCAGGACUUCUUUCGAAAGAAGGCAGAAAUUGAGAUGGACUACAGCCGCAACCUGGAGAAGCUGGGUGAAAGAUUCCUCACAAAGACGCGCAGCACCAAGGACCAUCUACUCAAGAAGGAGCAGAGCAUUUUAUCUCCGGUGAAUUGCUGGAACCUGUUGCUGCAACAGGUGAAGAGGGAGAGCCGCGACCACGCCACUCUGUCUGACCUCUACCUCAACAACAUCAUUCCCCGCUUUGCACAGAUCAGUGAGGACUCAGGGCGCCUCUUCAAGAAGAGCAAAGAGGUUGGCUUACAGCUGCAAGAAGACCUGUUGAAAGUUCUCAAUGAGCUUUACUCGGUGAUGAAGACAUACCACAUGUACAACACUGACAGCAUCAAUGCUGAGUCCAAGCUCAAGGAGGCAGAGAAGCAGGAGGAGAAGCAGAUGGGGCGCUCUGGUCGACAGGAUGACCGCCAAACGCCGCGCUCCCCAGACACCCUGGCCAGCAUAAAGAUGGACGAGAAACCCGUCCGGCGUUCCAGCGUCAAAAAAAUCGAGAAGAUGAAGGAGAAGAGGCAAGCUAAGUACACAGAGAACAGACUGAAGGCCAUCAAAGCCAGAAAUGAGUACCUGCUCGCCCUCGAGGCCACCAACAGCUGCGUCUUCAAAUAUUACAUCCAUGACCUCUCUGACAUCAUUGAUUGCUGUGACCUGGGCUACCAUGCCAGCCUCCACCGAGCGCUGAGGACCUACUUGUCUGCUGAACAGAAUGUGGAAACAUCCAAACAAACAGGGCUUGGUGCUCUAGAGGGAGCCACAGAGAGUCUUGAAGCCAACGGGGACAAACAGAAACUGAUGGAGACCUACAACAAUGUCUUCUGCCCACCAGCUCGCUUUGACUUUCAGUCCCACAUGGGAGACACGAUGGGAGUGAUGUGUGCACAGUCGCCACUUGAAAGCGAACUGAUCCAGAGGUGUCAGCAGCUGCAGUCCCGCCUCUCCACGCUUAAGAUUGAGAAUGAUGAGGUGAAGAAAACCAUGGAGGCUACUCUGUCCACCAUUCAAGACAUGGUGACUGUGGAGGACUAUGAUGUCUCCGAGUGCUUCCAGCACAGCAACAGCAUGGAGUCAGUCAAAUCCACUUGUGAAUCCUAUCUCAGCAAACCCAGCCUGGCCAAGCGACGGGCCAAUCAGCAGGAGACGGAGCAGUUCUACUUCACAAAGCUGAAGGAGUUUCUGGAAGGCAGGAACCUGAUCACCAAGCUGGAGGCCAAGCAUGACCUCAUCAAGAAGACCCUAGGAGAGGGUCAGAAGACUGACUGUUGCCUUGCCAGCGGACGGAGAAACUCGACAGUACGGAAGCAGGAGUCAGGCGAAACCAUUCCCCUGAUGGUUGAGAGCUGCAUCCGCUUCAUCAGUCGCCAUGGUCUGCAGCAUGAGGGAAUCUUCAGAGUGUCAGGCUCACAAGUGGAAGUCAAUGACAUCAAGAAUGCCUUUGAGAGAGGUGAGGACCCGCUCGCAGGGGAUCAAAAUGACCAUGACAUGGACUCAAUUGCUGGUGUGCUCAAGCUUUACUUUAGAGGCCUGGAUCACGCCCUCUUCCCUAAAGAAGUCUUCCAUGACCUCAUAUCCUGUGUCUCAAUGGAGAGCCUCACAGAGCGGGCAGUUCAUAUUAAGAAGGUUCUGCAGUCCCUACCAAGUAAAACCCUCAUCAUCAUGAGAUACCUUUUUGCCUUCCUCAACCACCUGUCUCAGUACAGCGAGGAAAACAUGAUGGACCCCUACAACCUGGCAAUCUGUUUUGGCCCCACCCUGAUGUCUGUCCCAGAGGGUCACGACCAGGUUUCUUGCCAGGCCCAUGUCAACGAACUCAUUAAAACUAUCAUCAUCCACCAUGACACCAUCUUUCCUGGACCGCAAGACCUGCAAGGCCCCAUCUACACUAUUCCUGGAGUUGGAGAUGACUUCUGUGACAGUCAACACUGUGAGCCCCCUCUUGUGGAAGAGCCAGCGCCUGACACUGUCUCUGUCAGCCAUAACAGCGAAGAUGGCUCCUUGGCUGUUUCAGAGUCUGAUCCAAUCGAAGCCAUCGCUAGGUUUGAUUAUACAGGCCGGACCGGUCGGGAGCUGUCAUUCAAGAAAGGUGCCUCUCUGCUUCUGUACCACCGAGCCUCUGAUGACUGGUGGGAGGGACGACACAAUGGAGUGGAUGGACUGGUGCCACACCAGUAUAUUGUGGUCCAAGACACGUCUGAUGUGGGGCGAGGAAGUCCAAAGCCGGACGUGGACAGCAGGGAUCUGCUGGAGGAUAGAGUACCCACUCGAGUCAGUGCUGCCUCUCCUACAGGAGCUCAUGUAGCUGACAUCUAUCUGGCCAACCUGAACAAGCUGAGGAAACGGCCAGAGCCCGGGAACAUCAGAAGAACGUUCCGCUCAGAGAGCGACAGCACAAGUCCAGGAACCAGCGGAGGAGGAGGAGUGAGGACAGCUUCUCUUCCUGUUGGCGGCGCUCUGGUAAAAGAAACCGGGGACAAGCGACCCGUGAGCGCUCAUAGCAUCCUCAACUCAGUUACUCGCCACUCCUCACUCAAGACCAAGGUGGAGAGUCCACAGUUGCGAAAGACGACUACAGCAGGGCGCUCCAAGAGCUUCAGCAACCACAGACCACUGGACCCUGAAGUCAUAGCCCAGGUGGAUCCCCUCUCACAGGACAUUGAAACAACCAUAAAUGAGUUCAGUAAGUUGGAAAGACAGAGCACCCCGAAACAUACACAUACCCCUGACGUGGUGCUGGACACCCUGGAGCAGCUAAAAAGUGGAGGAGGAGCUUCAGAGCCCUCUAGUCCACUCCACUCCCGUCUGUUGCGGGACAAUGAGGGAGGCUCACACGCCCAUCCACUCCAGCGCAGCGCCUCCUCAGCUAGCGACGUGCCCUCCUCCUUCCGCCCUGCCAAGAGCCAGCCACGGAGCCCCCUGCCCUCUGCCACCUCCCCUUCUUUGUCCACCUCUCACUCCUCAUCCCUAACUUCCUUCAGAGAGUCGCGCCCGCCAGCAACAAGGCCCAAGCCGGUGGUGUUCCCAAAGGGUGGAGGAGGUAGCGGCAGUCCAGCAAUGGGCUCCCCAACCUCCACUGUUCCCCCUACGCCUCCUCCUCCACCUGCAGGCCACACACACUCUCUCCCCCACACACCUCCCCCUCCCCCUCCAUCCCAGUCUAAUGAUAAAUCUUGCCCUGCUUAAGUCCCAAAAUGGAAAUCCUGAUUCUUGCAAACUCUUAAGAUUCUUACAGCUCUUCUGUCAGGUGCCAAAAGCACUUCACUUGUUACACAUAGGACCCCUAACCCAAUUCUCACAUGUAGCAUUCACUACUUGGAGUCCAGAUGAGUUCCUUAUGAUGCCAUGUUCAAUUUAGUGUCAAGUUUUUAAUCUGCCCUCUCUUGGCAGCUCUGCUUUACUACAGCUCAACUAUCGCUGAUAAAGCAAAAGACACUUCUUCUCUCUUUUUUUUCCCUUCUUGCCACCACAGAGAUUCCAGACUUUGCUGGAUUUUCAAAUCUUGUACAGGGGAGCAGGACUCAGGGUGGACUCGUACAGGCCCUGGAGCUUGCAUACACUAGUUUGCGUUGUAUGAAAUUCCAUUUGAGUAGGCGUGCAAGAGUGUUACUUGCCUUUUAUACACAGAUUUAUGUGAGGAACAAAAAGCACUGUUUUUUUUUUAAUUUGUUUGUUUUUUUGUAUAGUAGACACGACAGCGUUUUUAUCUUUUUAAUGACCCCGUGACUAGCAGACCAGAUUUCAGAGAACAGACUGUGAAAUGCUAACCUCUAACUCACACACUGACCUGCUGCUUCAGAAGUGGAAAGCUGGAGUUAAAGGCAGACUUUUGGGAUGAUAACAAAAAAAGAAAAAAAAAAGAAAACUGGUCCAAAUACCUGUGCAAGUCAUAUGAUCGAGAGCUUUACUUUGUCUUUUUCCUUCAGUGUUUGAUAUGAUUUGGAAAUAUUCUUAUUUUUUAAUAUUUUUUUUGUAUUUGCACCACAACAGGAGCAUAAAAUAACAUGGCCAACAAUAAUUUUAAGUCUACGUAAAGCAAUACAAAUGCUAAACCCUUGUAGUUUGUGGCAUUAUGUGCUGCUCGUCUCCUGCAGCUCGGUUUUGUGUGUAGGGGACCACUGAAGACCCAGCAUUUUCCUAUGUAAUGUUGGACUGUACAUGCAAACGUACGUUUUCUUCAAACGUAUGUGCGUGGCAGUGCUUUUGUUUUGUGGCAGCUAAACCCCUUUCAGGUUUUCCUUGCAUGCUGGGGGCCGCUGACAGCAGCCACUGCAGCAGCAGCUGUCCGAGUCCAACUCCAAACAGAGCUACAUUUUGCUCCUUUUAACGACAUCCUUCAAACAUAGCCGUAAAAAAAAGGGGUUUUGAUUAUUCUAACAGUGUGUAUGUAUAUUUAAUAAUCACAAUGAUAACUGGAAGCAUGGAGCUGAGAAUCCUCCUGAGUGUGUUUAUAUAAAAGCACAACCAACCACCUCAUCGAAUACGUUCUUAAGCAAAGUUCGUUUAUAUUCUCAUUUGGGGUUUUUUUUUUUGUUGGGUUUUUUAUGCUCAGAAUUUGUAAAUUGUGGAGUUUUGUAGCCACCUGGGUAAAUGCACAUGCGUGUUCCUGUGCCAGGCACGCAUUGGCAGAGUAUGUAUGCACCUCACCCAGCCCUUGCCUAAGCAAAAAUGGAUGCCAACCAACAGCGACUGCCUGGAGACACACAGAAACUUCUCCGGUGUUUUGGAGUGCUGGCCGCCUAAGUGCUGAACAAAUAUGCACUGUAUAAAUGUCACCAGAUAAAAAGCGUACAGGGAUACUUAAAAUGUCUUCGUUUGCCAGUUGUCUUCACCCAGAUCCAAGAAAGAAAGCCUUUUUUUGUAACCUUGUUGAACAAAUGCUAAACUCACAUUACCCAGCACAUAGUGCACUCCUGGAUGCUCUCUCUCUCCCAGGUAAUGACUUGUUAGUGUUAAGGUUUAUUUUUAAUCACUGUAUACUGAUUGUGUGUUACCUGGUGUAUUUGUGUUGCUCUUACCUCAUCAUGAGAACUGGAGGGAUUGUGCGCGUGUGCAUCUGUGUUUGUGUGUGUGGUUGUGGUGCAGAAACAUGAAAUCACAUUGUCGGCACAAACACUCUCGCACAUACACACCAUGCAUGUGGGUGGUUGGUGUGUUUUGUCCCAGUUGUGCUGUCCAAAGGGAACUGGGAGCCUCUUUUGAUCUCAAAUCAAUCAUCGUGCACUUGAACAACUUGGCUUGCAUGUGGACUAACUGUGUGGGGAUGAUAAUGUAGGCGUUGAAUAUUGUUACAUAUGCAUUUCUGUGUCAGUUUGAAAAUGGCAGAACUUAAAAACAAAACAAAAAAAAGACCGUAAUGUCAAAUCUAUUUAUAGUUGUCUCUGUAUUACUGGAGAAUCCUGUGUUCAGAUUUACUUUGUAAAUACAAUGUUGUACAUUACAGAGGUACACUCUUUUUUUGGUACAAUAUUGUACAGUAAUAGCAAUAGUAGUUUAAUCAAAUAGGCCUUAUAUAAUAUUCCACGUGUAGUUCUUGUUGUAGAUCUGGUUUUUUGUUUUUGUUUUUUUUAAUAAACAUUGCUUGCUAUAAAGAU